AUGAUCUUCUUGAGACUUCGUUUGUGUCGCCUGUCAGGCAAACAUGCAGAGAUCGUAACUCAAGUUUGGACGGAUAUGGCACUGGGAAGGGCUGCCGAAGUCAUACAAUCUCUCGAGUCAUCCGCUGAAAACUACACGAUAGCCUGGAAUCUUUUAACAAAAAGAUUCGAGGAUAAACGCGCAAUAGCUAGCAGACAUUUGCAACUGUUAUUAGACAUUCCCGUAAUGCAGAAGGAAUCGGGAACACAAUUGAGACAGACCCUGGAUAGCAUUUUACGACACAUUCGAGCGUUAGAAUUCCUCAAGGUCAAUACCUGGGAUUCAGUAAUUAAUUAUUUAAUGAUUGCGAAAUUGGAUGCAUCAACACGCCGGGAGUGGCGGACUCACAUUAAAGAUAAGGACGACAUCACGGUUGCCAGCUUGACCGACUUUCUCGAAGAAAGGUGCCUCAUAGUUGAACCCGAAAUUAGUAAGGCCGGUACGGAUAAAACACAGUCGAACAAAAAUACAUCGCAGCAGAAACGGUCAGACAAAUCAGCGUCAUUCGCGAAUACAACCAAAGAGAAUCGAGACAGUCAAGAAUGUAGUUUUUGCAACGAAGAAUCGCAUUCAAUGUAUUCUUGUAAUAAAUUUAAGGAAUUGCCAGUCCAGCAAAGAACCGAAGGUGCGACCAAUACUGGUAAAACAGACGUUAAGGACUUAGGUUCCGGGAACGCGGAGAAACGUGAUUCAAGCGUAAAUUGUACGAGCGUCGAUAUCCCUGGGCAAUCUAGGGUGUUGUUAUCCACGGCUCGGGUAUGGAUUUACGAUUCGUCUGGUAAGAUGCACGAAUGUCGAUUAUUGUUAGACUCUGCAUCGCAAUCGAAUUUCUUAAGCAAGGCACUAUGUGAACGACUACAAUUGGCGACGCAGAAGUACAGUUGUUCAGUGGGGGGUUUAGCGUCCUCCAUUAACGUCACAGAGUCCGCAUCUACUGUGAUUCAAUCAAAGCGUACGGCGUAUCAUACGAAGAUCAAUUUCUUAAUAAUCGAGCGAAUAAUUGAUAAGUUACCGUUGUCGGACAUUGAUGUUGCGCACUUACGCAUACCGGAUAAUAUCAGACUCGCCGAUGACAGGUUUCAUAUGUCCGACAAAAUUGACGGCAUCUUGGGAGCCAGCAUUUUCUGGAGUUUGUUAUGCAUCGGCCAAGUUCGGCUCGGCAGAUUCCAGCCAACACUUCAAAAAACCCAUCUUGGAUGGAUAGUGUCUGGAAGCGUCACCGACCAAGGGCAACCUAAUACCUCUGUGUGUUGUUUCUCCUCCGAAGUGCAGCUUCGUGACGGGAUCGAGGGAUUCUGGAAGAUUGAGGAAGUUGAUAAGGCUCCAGUUGCGUCAAAGGAUGACGAGGACUGUGAAACGCAUUUCCGGGAGACACACCAACAAGACGAUACAGGACGUUUCACGGUCAGCUUUCCAUUCAAGGGUCAUACAGAUGAGUUAGGAGAAUCGUACGACGGCGCUUUGAAGAGAUUUUACAAAUUAGAGCAACGUUUCAAUAGAGAUCCACGACUGAAGGAGGAGUACGUACGCUUCAUGGAAGAAUACAUCACGCUCAAUCAUAUGACGAUUGUCAACGAAGGGCAAGACGAAUCUUCAAUCGCACAUUACAUUCCACAUCACCCAGUCGUGACCACAUACAAUGACCAACGCAGACUUCGGGUGGUGUUUGAUGCUUCUGCUAAAACCUCAUCAGGAAAAUCGCUAAAUGACAUUCUACUAGUGGGCCCCACCAUACAACAGACUUUGUUCUCCAUUAUAUUACGGUUUCGGCAACAUCAACAUGUUCUAACGGCGGACGUGAUAAAAAUGUAUCGCCAAGUCAACAUUACCGAAAGGCAAAGGAAUUUACAGCGGAUCUUAUGGAGAUCAAGCAGCGACGGGCCUGUCCAAGCAUAUACGCUAAAUACGGUAACAUACGGAAUAUCAGCGGCACCGUUCAUGGCAAUUAGAGCAUUGCAACAGACAGCGCAUAACGCACAUGUGUCUCACCCAGACGCGGCUCGA